AUGGGUAGACUCACUCAGUUUACUGAUAAACCCGAGGAGUAUCGUGUCUGGAAAAUGUCAUUCCUAAAUGUUGUAAAGGAACUUGAUGUAAGCCCUCAAGAACAAUUAGACUUAUUAUCGAAAUGGUUGGGGCCAGAAUCUCGAAAACAGGCUGUAAGUCUACGUGCUGCAAACAUACACGACCCACCCCAAGCCUUGUGUAAAAUCUGGACUAGGCUCAGUGAGAAGUACGGCGCGCCCGAGCAAAUUGAGUUAUCUUUGAGGGAAAGGCUAAACAAAUUCCCGAAAUUAACGAACCGAGAUGGUCAGAAAUUGUUUGAUCUUUCGAACAUAUUGGCGGAAAUUCAGGCAGUAAAGGAAAACACGGCGUUCAGCUCGAUAAUGGCGUACUACGAUUCGUCCAGCGGUAUAAACCCAAUUGUUUGCAAGUUACCCGUGUUCAUACAAAACAAAUGGACUGACUAUGCGUGCAGAUAUCAAACCGAGCACAAUGUUACAUAUCCGAAAUUCAGUGUUUUCGAGAGGUUCAUACAGGAAAUGAGCUCGCGAAUGAACAACCCGAGUUUCAAUUACACCGAUGGUACUGCGGUACCUAGCGUCAGCAAAGAACAACGUCGUACUGCGUCUACCGGAAGUAGGAAUGCAUACGUCUUUUCAAAGAAAACGGAAGUUAAUGUGCCUACAGCAUUUUUGUGCCCACUUCAUGACAGUGCGAGAGAAGUGAAGCAUUUGUUAUCAGAUUGCCACCUGUUUCUAUCGAAAUCCAAGGACGAAAAGAGGGAAAUUCUCUUAAAACACGGCGUGUGCUUUAAGUGUUGUAAGGACAAACAUUUGGCCAAGGACUGUACAGAAAAAGUAAUCUGUACUGUGUGUAAAGGUUCAUCGCAUUGCACUAUGUUUCAUGAUGACAAAUAUCAGCCCCGUCAGUCUCACGGCGAGGAAAGGACAAGUAUCAGGGGAGACAAUCGUAAGAUAAAUUCCAAGUGUACACAGUUGUGCGGUGAAACCGGUCCCUUCGUGGGGAAAUCGUGUGCAAAAACGGUGUUAGUAAAUAUCUACAAGGACGGACAACUUAAUAAUGUGUUGCGUGCUUAUGCCAUUAUAGAUGAGCAGAGCAAUCGGACAUUGGCCAAAAGUGAGUUCUUCGAUUAUUUUGGAGAUCAUUCUACGGAAACCGGAUACGUACUUUCAUCAUGUGCCGGUGAAAUUCAGGUAACCGGGAGGCAAGGCAGCGGAUACGUAAUGGAAUCAUUGGACAAGGAAUACUCAUUAAAAUUACCGUUGAUUACAGAAUGCAAUCAUAUUCCGAAUGUGAAACAGGAAAUACCUACACCGGAAGUUGCACGACACUAUAGUCACAUGCAGGACAUUGCUCAUCUUAUCCCAGAGUAUGAAAACGAUACGCCCAUAUUGCUUCUCGUUGGCAGAGAUCUCAUUUCGGCGCAUCAUGUGUUGGAACAGCGAACUGGACAUGAACGUGAACCAUAUGCACAGAAAUUAAAAUUCGGUUGGGUAGUUGUAGGAGAAUCGUGCCUAGGUCUCGUUCACAAACCUACGGUCAUAACUGUGAGCAAAACGGUCGUUUUACCGGAUGGCAGACCUACUCUCAUGGAUCCGUGUCCGAAUUACUUCAAGGCUCAGUUUGAAAAAUCCGAUAAGUUGCCAAUUGGAAUGGACAUAUUUCAAAGAACAAAAUUCGAUGAUAUUCCUGGUUACUCGCAACAGGAUAAGGAAUUCAUGCGUGUCAUGGAAGGGGAGUUUAUUAAGGACGAGUACGGUAAUUGGAGUGCACCGUUACCGCUAAAAAAGGAACGACCUACUUUGUCAAACAAUAUGGAUCAGGCAAGGCAUCGCGCAGAAAAUCUACGAAAGUCGUUACUGAAAAAUCCUACUAAGCGCGAACAGUUUUGUGCGUUUAUGCAAAACAUUUUUGACAAGGAGCAUGCAGAGGUAGCUCCCGAGUUACAAGAUGGCGAGGAAGCAUGGUAUCUACCGAUAUUCGGGGUUUAUCAUCCCCAAAAACCCAACAAAAUCCGAGUCGUUUUCGAUUCGGCGGCAAAGUUUAAUGGACAUUCACUUAACGACAUUCUCAUGACAGGUCCGGAUCUCAUAAACAAUUUGGUUGGUGUGUUAAUGAAAUUCAGGAAGGAACGAAUUGCGAUUAUGGCCGAUGUUGAACAGAUGUUCUUCAACUUCUAUGUGCACAAGCGUGACAGAAACUUUCUACGUUUCUUAUGGUUUCAAGAUAAUGAUCCCACACAACCGCUAAGGGAAUUUCGUAUGUGCGUGCAUGUGUUUGGCAACUCGUCUUCUCCGUGUAUUGCCACACUUGGAUUAAGGAAAUCUGCUUGCGACCAUAUCGAUUCUUCCGCGUGCGACGAGGUGUGUUGUUUCGUCAAAGAGAGCUUCUACGUUGACGAUGGGUUGACCUCUGUAUCUGACGAAGGUCAUGCAGUGCAGUUGUUGAGAGACACUCAAGCUCGAUUACGGCAAAACGGAAACAUUCACUUGCACAAGUUCUCGUCGAACAGUGUUGAUGUUUUAAAGCAGUUUCCAAAAGAGGAUACCAGCGAAAUUUGCGAUAUGGACUUCGAUGAUAUCGUUCAUAGGAGUCUCGGACUACGUUGGAAAGUCGGUUGUGAUACGUUCACGUUUAGUGUUUCUGAUGAGGUGAAACCGUUCACCAAACGAGGCGUACUUUCUACAAUACAUAGUGUAUUCGACCCCCUCGGCUUUGUGGCACCAGUUAUUCUCGGAGGCAGACUAUUAAUGCGAAAUGUGUUAUCGUCAAAGGAUCUUGACUGGGAUGACCCUUUACCUCCGGACUUGAACUCUGAUUGGAAAAAAUGGAGGUCUUCGCUUAAAGAUCUGGAACAGUUAGAAAUUUCGAGAUGUUACUCCAAUUCGUCAUUGGAAAAGGCAAUUCGUCGUGAACUACACGUAUUCUCAGACGCGUCAAAGGAUGCCAUAGGCGCAGUAGCAUACAUGAAAAUUUAUGACGUACAGGAAAAUGCUUCUGUUGGAUACGUUCUUGGCAAAUCGAAAGUAGCGCCUUCCCACGGACAUACCAUUCCAAGACUAGAACUAUGCGCGGCUGUUCUUGCUACUGAACUCGGUUUAUUUAUAUCCGAACACGUCGAUGUUGUGUUUGACGCCACCUACUACUAUACCGACAGUCAGGUAGUACUAGGGUAUAUAUUUAACGACACGCGCCGUUUCUUCGUUUAUGUUGCUAAUCGGAUUGACAAGAUUCUGAAGUUAUCUUCCAAACAGCAGUGGAGUUUCGUUUCUAGUGAAUGUAACCCUGCCGAUAGUGCGACUAGGCCAAUGCGUGCGAAAGACGUUGGAAAGUCAGUGUGGUUGAACGGACCCGUUGACGUCAUGAGUGAUUUGCAAAGUUCGUAUAGAGACCAAGUAUUUCCGUUGAUCGGUAACGACGACGGUGAAAUAACGUUCGUCAACGAAACAAAUGUCAUGAAAACUCACGUUCGGAAGGACUUCGCUCUCGAUUCUGACCGUUUCGCGAGAUUUUCGUCAUGGACUAGGUUGGUUAGUGCAAUAACCUUACUGAAACAAGUCGCGCAUCGUCAUCACAACGGAACAGACAAUCCAGACGUGUUGCGUUUUGCUAACGAUUCAAAGAACCUCAUACUGAAGGUUGUUCAACAAGAGUUUUAUUCGAUGGAAAUCGACUGUUUGCAGAAAGGACUGCCGUUAAACAGGAACAAUUCUUUGUUGAAAUUGUCGCCGUUUCUAGACGACGAGGGGCUCCUGAGGAUUGGUGGUAGGAUUCAGAAUAGUGACAUUGACUUACCUGGAAAGGAUCCGAUCAUUGUCCCAGCAAAACAUCACGUGGCUACUCUAAUCGUGAGACAUUAUCACGAGAAAUCGGAACACCAAGGCCGACAUAUUACGGAGGGUAAAAUACGUUCUUCUGGUUAUUGGCUAGUGGGAGGAAAGCGAUUAAUUUCCUCUAUUUUACAUCACUGUGUCGUGUGCAGGAAACUCCGAGGAAAGUUUGUGGAACAAAAAAUGUGUACUUUACCGCAGGAUCGUUUGACACCAUGUCCGCCUUUCACUUACAUUGGAUUGGAUGCGUUUGGACCAUGGAAUGUGCGCGCGAGAAAAACUAGGGGAGGACAAGCUAACGCAAAACGUUGGGCUAUAAUAUUCUGUUGCAUGGUAUCGAGAGGGAUACAUAUUGAGGUCGUAGAGGAGAUGAGCACAUCUUCCUUCAUUAACGCACUGCGGAGAUUCAUCGCGCUCAGAGGACCGGUAAAGCACAUUAGGUCGGACAAAGGAUCUAACUUCGUAGGAGCCGUUAAGGAACUUAACUUGAAUGUUAUUGACGUCGAGGACAAAGCCGUGAAAGACUUUCUUUCAGAGGAAAGCAUCACAUGGACUUUUAAUCCUCCAUAUGCCUCCCAUAUGGGCGGAUCUUGGGAACGGCUUAUUGGUACCGUUAGAAGGAUUCUGGACAACAUGUUGCGUAAUACUGACACUAAACACCUCACGCAUGAAGUGCUUACGACUUUUCUAGCCGAAGCGUGUGCUAUAGUGAACCAGCGACCACUGGUACCCGUAUCUGACGACCCUGAAAACCCAGUGGUAUUGUCGCCAAGUACUCUCAUUACGCAAAAGACUGACGUUCCAAAUGUAGAUCUAACCUUGGUAGACUUCUCAGUGAAAGACAUGUUUCGAUCCCAAUGGCGAUGUGUUCAGGUAUUGGCCCAGAAAUUUUGGAACGCGUGGAGAAGAGACUAUCUACAAUCGCAACAAACGCGACAAAAGUGGAAUCACGAACGUUCAAACUUGAAACAAGGUGACAUUGUUUUGCUGAAGGAUCAUGACUCUCAUCGUAAUGACUGGCCAAUGGGAAUUGUUGAAUGUGUUUUUCCUAGUCACGAUGGUCUUGUUCGUAAAGUCAGAGUUAAGACAAUUCGUAAUGGACGAUCGGUUUCGUAUAUCCGUCCUAUUACUCAGUUAGUACUAUUGAUGGCAGAGUGA